AUGGAAGAACCAUCCGAAGGAAAACCCAUUCGCGCGAAGGACCGCUCGAAGGAAGCCACCAAACCAGAGCACUAUAGAUCGGAAACACAACACCUCGAAUUAUUAAUAGUGUCACGGGAAAAUUUAAUAUCUAAUAUUAUUACGAACGAAUACAGGAAAAAUGUGUUAAAACAACUCACUA